UGCCUGCGGACAGAAGAAGAUUUGCGGUAUUUCUGUGCGCCGCCCAAGUACAGACAGCUGAAAGAUUUUCACGAAUAUUUCAACGGCAGCAAAAAGGCUCCAGUAUUGACUUUGGGCACUUUGAGCGGCCUCCCUACGACAGCAACACCGCAAGAAGUGCGUAUCAUGUCCAUAGAGGAGCCUGUGGAUAUAAUGCUGAGCCAUGAUUGGCCAGAAGGUAUUUAUGAAUACGGAGAUAAAGAAAUGCUUUUGCGGUGUAAACCUCAUUUUCGUUCGGAUGUACAAAAUCGCUGUUUAGGAAGCCCUCCUUCUAUGGCGCUUUUGAAAAGCAUGAAGCCGAGUUUUUGGUUUUGCGGGCAUUUGCACGUAUUUUUUCCGGCUUUAGUUCGCCACGAAGACGGAAGAGAAACGCGAUUUAUUGCAUUAGAUAAAGUUUUGCCCAAACGUAGUUGUUUACAAGUAGUUGAUAUACACCCCAGCGCUCCUGCAAAGUAUUUGAAGAACCCCUCAAGCUCUACAAACAUAAAUAUUAAUCUUACAAUUGAGUAA